GACCUUAGCAACGACGCGGUAUCCUGUGUUUAGAGAACUGUCUGCACAGUUAGGAAAAGAAAAGAACAGUUAACCAGGAAGAUUGACUGACCACCAAGAUGGGUCAGGCAUUCACCAGGGCAGCCCAGUGGACCUCAGCCAAAGAUGGAACUGGAGGGAAAUUAGAAUUCACAAAAAUUAAUGAAGAAUUAUUGAACCGCAUUGUACAAUUUAUAGAUGGAUAUAGCAGUAAAUUUCCUUCAGAAUCAAAACUUGUGUUCAAAAAACCCUUGAAAUGGCAAUCCUCCUUAAAACCAAACCAGUUUUCUGCUGGCGGCUGUUCUGAAAGAGGAGAUGACUUAGUAUCGGAUGAGAUGGCUGAUAAGGAGAACCAUCUGUUCUCACUGAUUAAAGUGAAUGCUUCAUCCUAUGAGUGCCAUGUCAUGAGCCUAGAGUGGGCAGAGAAGGUGUCUCAGUCAGCUGGGGACAAAAAACUGCACGAAAUCCGCGCCUGUCUAGAAGCCAACAGAGAUCCAGUAGCGAACAUACUUGGUGACAGAUUCGCUACAGUUGAAGGAGAGGACAAUUCCAUCUACAGAUUCACAGAAGAAAUCACAAAGGAAAUUGAACAGCUAAGCAAGCAAAGCAGUGAGGGAGAGGGCAAUGAGGAUCGCUCUGCAGAGAUUGAAGAGAAAAAAGCUACACUAAAGUUGAAGCUGCAGUUUUCAAAACUGGACCAGGACUUGAUGAACACAAGCAUUUCUCUCAUAUCAAAAGAAGUACGUCUGAAUCCAUCUACCGUGGAUGGAGAAGUAAGGAACCUUCGAGACCUGUCCGGCCCCUCAGAGGAAACAUGUGUCUUAAAAAGCAUCAACUUCUAUGGCCCCACCUUUGUAUUUGAGAACGGCUGCCGUGCCCCUACACAUAGACAGCUCCACGGCGACAUCGCCUACAUAGAAGCUCAACCCUUUGAUACUGGUGUACUCUACAUUAUGGCUAACACAUCCGGCUAUUACAUUUUCAAGGGUCCUGAUGGUCUGGGAGAGAUGCAGUACGAGCGAGAGGGAGAGCCCUGUCGUGAGCUAGUUCUGCUUCUCAAACAGAAAAGUCCAAAGUUUGCUGAAAUGAUUGAUAACCAGGAUUUCUCCCUAAAAGUACAGGAAGAGAAAGAAAAGUUUGUAGAUAAUCGUCAUGAAGACACAAUGGAUGACGAUGUUGAUCAGGCAACGCAGCGAACAGACAUGCAACGCAGGAGGAAAGAAGCGGAAGAACAAGACAGGGAAAAACAAACAAAACAAAAGACGCAGAGGAAGAAACGUCUGGAACCCUCACUUAAGUGGAAAGCCUUGGGCAUGGAAGAGUACAAGAUAGAAGAGGGACGAAGUGAUCCAAACAGGAAACUGAAGAAGAAGAAGACAACACCAAGAAUGAAGACAAAGACACCAAUUGAUGUGGAGGACUCGUUCAGUGAGAGUUCGACUGAGAGUGAGGAGGAAGAAGAGGCUGUGGAAAGGAGGAGUGAGGCCAAUGCUGACCUCCCCUCAGAAUACUGGCAGAUCCAAAAACUUGUCAAGUAUCUCAAGGGAGGUAACCAGACCGCCACUAUCAUUGCUUUGUGUGCAAUGCGUGAUUUUAACCUGGCACAGGAGACAUGUCAGUUGGCCAUCAGGGACGUCGGUGGACUUGAAGUCCUCAUCAAUCUGUUGGACACUGAGGAUAUCAAGUGCAAGAUUGGUUCUCUUAAGAUAUUAAAAGAAAUUUCCCGUAACACUCAAAUACGCCGUGCAAUAGCUGAUCUCGGGGGGCUACAGACCAUGGUCAAGAUUCAGCGUGACCCUGACAAGGACCUGAAAUGUUUGGCUGCUGAGACCAUUGCCAAUGUAGCCAAAUUCCGCCGUGCAAGACGGACGGUUAGGCAGCAUGGAGGAAUAAAGAAGCUGGUUGGCCUGCUAGACUGUGCAUCAUUGACAAGUCAGAUGACUCCGGAGAUAGAGAAGGAUAUCGAGGUAGCGCGAUGCGGGGCACUGGCCUUGUGGAGCUGCAGCAAGAGUAAAAAGAACAAGGAAGCCAUGAGGAAAGCUGGAGCCAUCCCACUGCUUGCUAAACUCCUCAAGUCAGUCCACGAAGACAUGCUGAUUCCUGUCGUCGGCACCCUUCAGGAAUGUGCAUCAGAGCCAAGCUACCGAUUGGCUAUCAGGACGGAAGGUAUGAUUGAAGACCUGGUGAAGAAUAUCAAGAGCCAAACAGAUGAACUACAAAUGCAUUGUGCUUCAGCAAUUUUCAAGUGUGCAGAGGAGAAAGAGACUCGAGACUUGGUGAGACAGUAUGGCGGUUUGGACCCGCUUGUCUCAUUGCUUCAAAAGACAGAAAAUAAGGAGCUCCUUGCAGCCGCCACUGGGGCUAUCUGGAAAAGUGCCAUUAGUCCUGAAAAUGUACAGCGAUUCCAGGAACUGAAAGCAAUCGAGAUGCUGGUUGCUUUAUUGCAUGACCAACCUGAGGAGGUACUAGUUAAUGUAGUUGGAGCACUAGGGGAGUUAGCAAAGGACCCACCAAACCGUCUGUCCAUCAGAAAGUCCGGGGGCAUCCCACCUCUGGUCAACCUUCUGACCGGUACAAACCAGGCCCUCUUAGUCAAUGUAACCAAGGCUGUUGGACAAUGUGCAGAGGAACAGGACAAUAUGGGAAUCAUAGAAAAGUUGGAUGGGGUGAGAUUGCUAUGGUCACUGCUGAAGAACCAGAACACGGACGUCCAAGCUAGUGCAGCGUGGGCCAUCUGUCCGUGUAUAGAGAAAGCCAAGGAUGCGGGUGAGAUGGUGAGGUCGUUUGUUGGCGGUCUUGAGUUGAUAGUGAGUCUGCUCAAGUCCCAUGAUAAGGAGGUGCUGGCCAGUGUGUGUGCAGCCAUAGCUAAUAUCGCCAAGGAUGAAGAGAAUUUAGCUGUCAUCACUGACCAUGGUGUGGUACCAAUGCUGGCCAAACUCACAAACACAUACUCCAUGAGAGGGAAAAAACCACAACCGACAGAUGAUAAGCUGCGGAGGACGUUAGCAGAGGCGAUAGCAAGGUGCUGUAACUGGGGCAACAACAGGAUUGCGUUUGGUAGAGAAAAGGCGGUGGCGCCUUUAGUUAGGUACCUCAAGUCACAAGAUGAAAACGUGCACAGGUCAACUGCCAGGGCUUUGUUCCAGCUGUCUAAAAACCCGGAGAACUGUAUCACAAUGCACGAGGCCGGAGUCGUUCAGCCCCUUAUGGCGAUGGUGGGAUCGAGCGAUGAGGAUCUCCAAGAGUCGGCAGCCGGCUGCAUCAGUAAUAUCAGAAGGUUGGCACUGGCCAACGAGAAAGCAAGAUACUCAUAGCUUUGAAAGACAAAAGUGUGAAAUGGACCAAAGUAUGAAACAAAAUCGGGCAGCAACACGAAGUUAAAUACAUUUAAAAAAGAAGCCAAAGCACGACCGAAGCAAACAGCUUCAAAAGGAAUUUCGAGACAUUUCGUUAAAGUGGCAAAAGCGAACUUCCAAUAUACUGUGAUAAAUCUGGGCCGUGUUUAAGAUACUGUUAUCUCUGUUAAAGUCAGUACGUAUAGACUAUCAGCUGUGAUCAUAUUUCCGUCCUCUAGUGUAAUUAAUGCUUGUGUACUUAUUUGGUAAUUACGACUAAGUAAUUAUCAGAUCGAAAACUGUAAUGGAGCUGCAUUGGAUUUAUUUCUCUUUGUAUUUCGGUGUAAGAUGAUACAAGUCAGCGACAUUAUACACCAUAAGAUAAAAAUAUAUUCAAGUUAAUCAUUAUAACUUAAUUUGUUAUACAAUCUGUUUUAUUGAUGGACGCUUCUCUUAAAGAUUAUAACGUAUCCCGCCUGUUGAAAGCGUUUUUUCGUUAUGGGGUAAUAAUUUUAGAUUAAAUCAUAUUUAGAUAAUAAACAAAUGGGGGGGGGGGGGGGGGGGGGGGGGGAGCAUAAAUAUGUGUGUCUAUAUAUGUAGUUGAUGCUGAUGGUUUUUUUUUAUUGUUAAUCUAUAUUUGUUGUCUAUAUUGAGAAGUUUCUUUUAAUUACUUUUAUCAGAUAUUUGAAACAUUUGAAUACUUAAAUAUUGAUAUCGAAAUAAAGGCCUCACAAUGAAAGAACAAAUACCUGUCAUUAAAUAUAUAUUGGUCACAUACAACAGCUGUCUAUCCUGUAAGAACACCGCCAGUGGUAGUUUAGAGGCUAAACAAUAAUAAAACUCUGUCUCUAUGGAAAUAUAUUAACGAUAACCUGAAUAAAUACACAAAUGAUAUCGAAGACAUUCUGGUAGUCUUGGCGUUAAUUCAUUUGGAAAGUUAGUAACAGAUAAUUAUAAAUGAGUCAAACUUUUACACCAAGGGGCAAUGAACUCCGUAAACAUUGAGACGCUCCUCCAUCAAACAUGAGCAGUUCCAACUCUAAAUAACCUUUAUUUUAGGGACAGUUUCGAAUAUGAAAUUUUAAUUAUGUAGAUAUGGGCAGUAGACUUGAAGGUUAGAGUAUUUCAGUCUAUUGUUUUGUAUUAUUUAUUUAAAGGAGAAUUUUUAAAUGUAAGUAUUAACACCUUACGAAAUAAAGACUAUUUUUACGAA